GCGCUCGGGUUGCGCUAUGGUUGUAAAGAUCAGAGAUGCUCUGUUCUUUUUCAGUGCGCGGGCGUUAGUACGCAGUGUUCUGCUCUCGGAGUGUGACGCGUUUUCUGACGGACUGAGGCAUGACGGUCAAACGGAGCUCCGCGGCAGGUGUCUGCUGGACCCUUCUGAUGGGGUGUGUGUUUGCAGCUCACGCUGUGACGUUUGAGGUGAAAGAUGGAAACUCCACCUGCAUUAAAGCAGAUCUCAACACCAGCUUCAGCAUCACCUACAACACCACCAAUGGAACGAGCGCGGCGAGGUUUGCGCUGCCGUCCGCAGCAGCAGUGGGUAAUGGUAGUUCCUGCGGCGGCGGCGCUGGCGUUCCUCCAGAGCUGCUGGUGUCCUUCGGCGCAGGUCACGCUCUGACUCUCCUGUUCUCCAGCGACGGACGGCUCUACCGUGUGGCUAGCAUCAGCCUGCAGUACAACCUCAGCGACACCAGCACCUUCCCACAGUCCUCCAGCACAGGGCUCAUGAAGGUGAUGACGAACGUGACGGAGAUCUCGGCGAGGUUAAACAGCACCUACAGGUGUGUGAGCCCCAGCACCGUCAGUCUGAGCCCCGAGGUCAACCUCACCUUCUCUGAUGUGCACAUGGAGGCUUACAUGAGCGGAGCCAACCUCAGCACAGACGAGAGCGUUUGCAGUGCUGAUCAGACGGUUACGACCGCUGCCCCGACUCAGUCUCCCAGAACCAGCGCCGCCCCGUCUCCCGUCCCGCCGCCCGCUCCGCAGCGAGGAAACUACACCCUCACCAACCGCAACGGCACCGCCUGCCUGCUGGCACUGAUGGGGCUGCAGCUCAACAUCACGCACCGCUCCAGAGCACUGAACCAGAUGGUCAGCGAGGUCGUGAACCUGCAGCCCAACAGAACCACAGCCUCGGGGUCGUGUGGGGUCACGGUCGCCACGCUGGUGCUGACGGAGGAUCUCACCAACCUCACCUUCACCUUCACACUGAACUCCACUACACAGAAGUUUUACCUGAGCGCGGUGAACGUCUCUGCCUUCUGGCCGGACAUGACAGACCGCUUCGUGGAGGGAAACGGCUCUCUGAACUUCCUGCAGUGCAGCGUGGGCCGCUCGUACGUGUGCAGCGCGGAGCAGACGCUCUCGAUUGUGCCCAGCUUCUCCAUAAACACCUUCAGACUGCAGCUGCAGCCCUUCAACGUCACCGCCAGUCGCUUCUCCGCAGUGGAGGAGUGUCGCGCGGAUCAGGAGAACAUGCUCAUCCCCAUCAUCGUGGGUGUGGCUCUGGCCGGUCUGGUGCUGAUCGUCCUCAUCGCGUAUCUGAUCGGCAGGAAGCGGACACACGCCGGAUACCAGACCAUCUGAUCAUCUUCAUCCUCCUCCUCCUCCUCCAUCUGCAUGCACUGGAGUGUGUGUGUGUGUGUGUGUGUGUUCACUGUGAGGUCAGGGGUGUGUGUGUGUGUGUGUGUAUGU